UUUGAUAUUAAUUCUCAUUCAAUUUUGAUGUGGUUUCAAUAAUUCUUGAGGAAUUCAAUUUGGUGUCAGUUCGGGGAUAUUUGCAUAGUGUGUUUGCACAACCCUGAAGCCACAUCGCACAACGGGAAACCAGCACUCGGAACUAAACGAGAGCACGGAAACGUGCACACAUCUCAUUUGACUGCAAGGUCGAUGUCUCUCAUUCGGAAUCGCCAUCGGGACGCGGUACUUUGAAUGGAGAAAUCUGUUGAAUGGAUAAACCCGAAACACAUUGUGCUGAGAUCGUCUGAUAGGAGCGUGAAAGGCCCACUUGGCAUGGCAACACUCACGUUGCGAAACACUCCAUUUUACAGUAACACCCUCAAAUCAAUAUUUGCUCUGCUGCACUGUCGCUUGGCUUCCUUGCACUUUUAUGUCGAGUGAAUAAUUUAGUCCACAGCGCUGUUACUUACAAAGAAGAAAGCAUAUUAAAUAUCUUCGGGACAAAGGGAAGCCAAGUGAAUUGGUCUGAAUGAGUGAUUGUUAACCUUGUCUGGGAGUUCACCUGUUUCGUUUGUACUAGCAAGUUUGGGUGGCGCUGCACUUCCAUCAAUCUCUCCUCUCAAAUUUCACCAACACAAACAGUAAAAGCCUAAUUAAGAGGCAAAUACGGAAGAGAAUACGUGAGCUCAGCGAAAUCCUUGGUUUUAAUUGUUUUCACCUUCUGCUUGUCCUCUUUUAAUCGUCGGAGCAGAGUCCUAUUAGCAACGCAAAUAUCGCAAGUCCGCUGCAUAAUGGUUUUCGGAUGAGAGGAGGAUUUUCUCAUUGAGCGUGGGAAUCGGUCUAAUCAAGAUAACAAGCGAGACAAAACCCCCAGGUAUUCUGUGGAUCCGGUUAACUACUUAUACGUAACUUAAAGUGUAGAUAUUUCUUGACGUGCCUUUGAGGAGGACACUUUGGUCGUCGACCCCCUACCUAGAGCCUGGUGUAUUUUUAUGAAGUCAUAAUAAGACCGGUUUACCGCGGUUUUCCGAUCGAAGGAACACGCUAUGGACGUCUUAGUUAACUCAACGGCCUUGGAAUCAAAACAAUGCUUGUUCUUGACGUACUACAUGGCCAAGCCGGUCACCCUUAGUUACGUGGUAACCGUGGUAACCUGCAUUUUGACAGGCAUCUUAUCAGUGAGUGGAGUCUUGGCAAACAGCCUGGUUUGCGCGGCAAUUGUUAAAAAUCGCUCCUUGCGCGUCCAUUCUAAUAUUUUACUUCAAGCUCUCUCCCUGAACGACCUCAUGAUAGGCCUUGUUACCGAGCCUCUCUAUAUCAUCCGCAGGAGCCUGGAGACUAGCGAGGUGUACCUGUGCUGGUUGACGCUCGCGUAUCGCACCACGUGGAAUAUCUCUAUAGGGAUGUCAUUCAUUCUGAUAACCCUUGUCUCCUGCGAGCGCUUUCUCGCCCUUUUUUUCCCAUUUCGCUAUAACCAGCACGUGACUGUGCGUAAACUGGUGUGCUCCGCGGCACUAUGCGCCGGCACGUGGAUGCUCCUGCCCAUCUCCAGAUUCGCGGGGCUCGACACGCGCUCGUUUUACUACAUCUCCUCGGCCCUUAUCGUCUCGGUCAUCGCGAUCAUCGUGGUUUCCCAGGUGAAGAUUUUCAAGCUCGCCCGUCAUCAUCAUGUUCAAAUCUCUCUCACGUCUGUAUCAAGCGCUGGUAGCGAACUCCGCAACAAAAAGCGCACAGGAAGGCUCGGGUACUCCUCCAGGGAGGCCAAGAUUGCGCGCAACACCGCCUUCAUUGUGGGGUCCGUGCUUCUUUGCUACCUGCCUCUUGUCGGCUCCACUAUGGCUAUGAUCCUAAUCGACGGAGAGUACGUGUUUUAUUAUAACGUUUUCCCGUGGACUGAUUUGUUAGUGUUUACCAACUCCUUGCUGAGUCCGUUAAUAUACUGUUGGCGUAACCGUGAGCUUCGAGCCACGAUGUACAGUAUGUUGAGGUGUAGGAAGGCACAGAACCAUGACUUUGAUGCUCUUAGCGGACGAGAAUUGAGCGUGCAGUAUGCUGCCACUAGUAUCAAGGAAACCUCGUAGAUUUCUCACUUUUCUUGUGCUCGUGGAUCUUCAUAGACCCACAAAGACCUCACUCUACCUUCGAACUGAAUUGCCCUGUAAUUUAGAAAAGUUCUAAAUGUAAUCAUUGUAAACAAAUAGGCACAAAGGCAUAACAGGCGUGAAAGAGUAAUUGUGAUGGUCGAUAAUGUUAAAACAUCAUUGUUAUUAUUUGAUUAUUUUAGUUUUAUUCAUUUUAUUUUUGUAUGAAUUAAUACAAGUAUGUACUCGUGAAACAUUCACGUUAAGCAUAACAGUUAGACGUUUUUCAUCCU